UGCUGUUAUAUACAUAUUGUCUAGGACCGCGGGAAAAGCGAAUGGUACAAGUUUCUGUCAUUGUUUGACCUAAAAUUCUCGAAUAUUUUUUAAAUAAAUAGUUCUCAUAAUUGUUUUAAAGUCUGCGACAGUGUCGGGAUUUGAGCAAUGGCGGAAAAACCAGAAGACCUGAACCUCCCUAACGCAGUGAUUGUACGACUUGUUAAAGAAGCGUUACCUGAUGGAGUCAGCAUUUCAAAGGAAGCUCGCUCUGCUAUUGGUAAAGCUGCAAGUGUGUUUGUUCUUUAUGCGACCUCAUGUGCAAAUAAUUUUGCCCUGUCCCACAAGCGCAAGACUUUGCAGGCCACAGAUGUCAUUAGCGCUUUAGAAGAUAUGGAAUUUGAACAGUUUAUUCCUCAACUCAAACAGGAUCUGAAUGCAUUUCAAAAGGAGCAGAAGGGAAAGAAAGAGGCUGCAGCAGAAUCAAAACGCAAGAAGAAAGAAGUGGUUAAUAACGAGGAAGCUGAACCAGAUGCAAAGAAACAGAAAACAGAUGAUGAAAACAGUAACAAGAAAAAUGAUUCAGAUGGAUCAGAUAAAGAAGAUAACCAGACAUAGUAUAUAACGUAAACAGCCACUGACAAAACUUCAAAUAAGAUGCUGUUUCCAGCUAGUGUACUUAGUACAUCUGUAUACUGUACAUGAUGUCAACAUAAGGUACAAUGAAAACCGAGCCUAUUUUACAUUUGGUCACAUACUAAAUCCCAACUAGACAAAGACAAAAUAUGGAACCGGUUUUUUUUUUUUUUUUGCAUGCAUUUGUUGUUUCUUUGACAUGCAUCCUUUCUUAGCUGAGGGUAAAUAGGAUCUAGUAGGUGCAUCUGUUUUCAAAUAACAAAAUGCAAAAAUUACAGGGCUGUAGCACGUAGGGCACACGCUCCCCAAUAUUAAAAAAAAUAUAUAAGGAAAUGGCCAGUAGGGGCGUUGCUUUGCCCCUAAUGUUUUCUUUAUGUCUCUGUAUCGUCCCCCCAAUAUUUCAAAGCCUGCUAGAGCUCUGAAUUAGCAAACCUUGCUAGUAAGUGUUUUGUCACUGAAUUAGGAACAUGUUUAGAAAUGGCUGCCUUUCUGUUUUCUUUGGCUGUUGUCCAUCGAAAUAAAGCAAGAUAAAUUGGUA